UCAGGGAGUGGGAGCGGAAAAAAUCGCACAUUUUUUUUUUGGAAUAUAGUUAAGGACCACCCUAAUUCACAUGCAUGCGUUCUUAGUUUCUAUUUUAUGAAUUGAUGUACGUAAAUAAGUACUCGUUUCUCAUCUUCAAACUUUUCAUUUUAGGUGUAAAUGGUCAAUUUCAAUGGCGGCGAGAAGAAGCUACACUGUUGUUAGCACGGAGUGUGAUGGUGAUAUAUCAGUGGACGUCAUUGCAACUUCAUGGUUAACUGAGGAUGAAAAAGCAUAUUUUUACCCACCCAGCAAUAUUAAGAAAAACUUAAGGUGCUACAUAUUCGAGAAGUGUGCCGGGUACGAUGAGAAAACGUGGGAAAAAUUUCCAGUUAGAAAAAUAUAUCAAAGGAAUAUCAAAAAACUCAUUGAAGCGCAAGGUAUACAAAAAAAAUAUGAGUUGGAAAGUGAACAAGAAUCGUCAUCAAAUUUAAGGCAGCGGAGAGCAAAAUAUGUUAAGAAACCUGCGCAAGUGCCAGAUACCCCUUCCGAUGAAUUUGCAGAUAAUAUUAAAAACCCAACAAAACGAAAAAUGCUUCCUAAAAAGAAAGGUGCCAUAGUGAAAGUUAAUAAAAAGCAACGAAUUUUGAAUGAAUCGUCAUCAGAUUGUGGUAAUUCCUCUGUUUCUGAUUCGUCAUCUGAAGGUAUUGAAGACUUGCUUAAAUCACCGCCAAGACGGAAAGCAGAUGAUGACUAUUUUGAAGAUUCAUUUCAAUCGUUAUGCAGCUUCCUCGCCGAAACAGCUAAGAUUUCAAACAGUUUUCAAUACAUCUGCUCACAACUCACCAGUAGUUGAAUCUCCGAGAACCCAUCGAUCACCAUUGAAUCAAAAAACUCCGGAAAAACUAAACUCUUCUAACAAUUCUAUGUGGUCACCAACGUACUUGAAUACAAAAUCUCAUCAUUUGGCAUCAAACUCACCUAAAGCUUCUCGACAGAAAGGGUCCACUGUACCUCAGCCAGUAUUACCUAAAAAAUUGCUUGAUUUUGAUUCAUUGGGCCCCAGAUCUUCACCGAUUAAAAACACACCAGAAAAACGUCGUUCUCAUUCUAAUGGUGGUGUCUGGACACCAACGCGCUCAAAUGUGUCAUUCUAUCAUGUGCCAUCAAACAUGAGAAACUCGCCAAAAGCUCAAUCAAGGAGAACACCUGUAUUGCCGCUUGCUAUGAUUUCACCUGAUGAAAGAUCGAUCCAAGAAAUACCACAAUCCCAUAGAUUUUCAUUACAUGGCCAAAAGCACUCUGAAAAACAUUCUCAAAAAGCACCUCAAACCUACAGAUCUUCAUCACAUGGCCAAAAUCAUAACGGACAGCACUCCCAUUCUACUAAUAAUGUUCAUUCGUCAGCACAUACUACUACAAACGACUACUAUUCAUCAAAAAAAAUCAGUUCACCUCAUGAAUCAACUGCAGACAAAUUGAGUAAAAUACUACAUGAGAUGGAGGUACGACUGACGGUAAAAGUGCGGACAAUUGUAGACGAAGCACUGAAGAAUUUUAGCCACAACUUCUCAGUAAAUCAUACUACAAUAGAACCAGAAGAGAACGAAAAUGACGAUGUGACGAAUGUGCAGGACAUUGUUGGGCUACCUCUAGCCAACUAUGAAGUAUUUAAAACGUUUGAAAAAAAAACUCAAAAGUGAAAAAAGUUUCAAAGAAAAAUAU